UCUCUCUCUCUCUCUCUCUCUCUCUCUCUCUAUAGUUCCUACUGAGGAUGUCUGUUUCUUGUAGAACAGAAAAAGUCUUCCUUUACCAGUUAUCCGUCCUUACACCACAACUUCUUCUUUUCCUUACCCCUCCGAGCGCGUCUUUCUUUUUUUUUUGAUCUUAGCUAAAGGUUUUCCUUUGCCUAGCAUCCAUAUAAGUUCUAUGCUUCAGAUCACUCGGAUAUUCUUUUUUUUUUACCCUACUUUCGUUUUUCCUCUCAAAAGUUACGGCGAUUUGUGUUUUUGUGUGUUUUUUUCCCCUCGAAUUCUAAUUUCAGCUAAGGAGGUUGCACUUUGAGUUCGAACCUCACCAAAUUUGAGAGCACUUCUGAGGAUAAAAUGUUCCGGAAAGACAUUCUUGAAGAACCCUCUAAUUUGCAUCCGAUUCCUGAUCUUUCACUGCACAUAAGCCCUCCAAAGAGCGCCCCUUCCUCAAUUUGCACUGCAGCGCAUGAAGGAGAUUUGAGCUUCGAUGUUUGGCGCAAAGAUGAUCAUGACAAGCUAAAAUCUCACAGCGACAAUUCCAUCAGAGCCAGUACCCAGUUAGCUGAGACUGGAUUCUCUCUAUCUAACCCUAAAAGUGCUUUGGAGGCUGAGAGUCAAUGGAGAAGAAACUUCAUCAGCAGUAACAGUACUGGUGGGGAAGAAGUACUACUUCAAGCAAGGCAUAGAAAUCGUGGGAUUCCAGUGCCUGAUGUUCCUGAGGGAAUCAAAGCCAUAAAAGGAAUUCCGGUGUUCUCAACUUUAGAUCAUUCCAGCAAGUUUUGUUUCAACCAAAUGGCUGCAUAUCCAUCUUUUAAUGCUUCUACUCGUUCUUCUGCUGCCAUCAGGCCUUAUGGUAUAGAGGGUUCUGAACCCAUUUCAAGGUAUAAUGGGAUAACCAUGGAGACUCUAAGAACCCAACAGUUUCAUCAGUAUAUGCAAUUCCCACAACACCACUAUAUUGGGGCUGCAGGAGCCUCGGAUUUCUCAAACAGCUUUUUGAGAUCAUCAAGAUUUAUGCCAAAGCUGCAAAGUAGGAAGAAUAUGAGGGCUCCCAGAAUGCGUUGGACAAGUUCUCUUCAUUCUCGUUUUGUUCAUUCUGUGGAGCUCCUUGGUGGCCAUGAAAGGGCUACUCCAAAGUCAGUUUUAGAGCUAAUGGAUGUGAAAGAUCUUACACUUGCUCAUGUCAAGAGCCAUUUACAGAUGUAUCGCACUGUUAAGAACACUGACAGACCUGCUGCUUCCUCAGAUGGAUCUGGAGACGAAGAUUUCUUGAGCACAGCUCCAACUUUACAUGAUCAAAAUGAGAACUGUCUCCUCAAUCAAAGAAGAUCAUCAGCUUCAAAUGCAGUUUUGGAACAUGAAAUGGGAUACCAUUCUAAUUUGUGGUGUAACCCUUCCAGUAGAUCAGGCUCAUGGGUGCAAGCAGCCAGUUCAAGGAAUCCGGAUAGAUUACUAAGACCUGAAAUAUAUCCAUCAUCUCAACAAAGAUCUGGAGACCAAUUUGAUCAGGUAUGUGAUUUUGCUCAAUCAAUAAAGUCCAGAGGUUCAAGUUUAGGCCUCAAGAAUCCAAGCUUGGAGUUCACGUUAGGGAGGCCUGACUGGCGCAGCAAAGAACAUGACUAGUUUGAGUUAUUAAUGGCUAAUUUGUUUUAGUAUUCCCAUGGUAAGAAAAUUAGGGAAAAUGCACUGAUGUAUAGGUACAGUUAGCGAGCCAUAAAUUAAGAAAGAAGAAGUGUUACAGCCACAAAGAAAUACUACAAAAACAAA